GGGGGGGCGGGCUGAGGAUCCUUGCACGGAUGCCACCGGCUCCCUAGGUUCUGUCAAGGGAGCCUGGCGUGCGGAGGCGACUGAGGAGGCGGGAAGGCGGCAGUGGUUGAAGGGGCGAUUGCUGACUUGCGGGGAGGAGGUCUGAGAGGUUGAGCAGCCAUGGUGAUGGCGGCGAAGAAGGGCCCAGGGCCGGGUGGCGGGGUCAAGGCGGAGGCGGAGGCGGCCUCGGAGGUGUGGUGUCGCCGGGUGCGGGAGCUGGGCGGCUGCAGCCAGGCCGGGAACCGCCACUGCUUCGAGUGCGCCCAGCGCGGGGUCACCUACGUGGAUAUCACCGUGGGCAGCUUCGUCUGCACCACCUGCUCCGGCCUCUUGAGAGGCCUGAACCCCCCUCACCGGGUCAAGUCCAUCUCCAUGACAACGUUCACCGAGCCGGAAGUGCUCUUCCUGCAGUCCCGCGGAAACGAGGUUUGCAGGAAGAUCUGGCUGGGUCUUUUUGAUGCUCGGACAUCUUUAAUACCAGAUUCCAGGGAUCCUCAGAAGGUGAAGGAAUUUCUCCAGGAAAAAUAUGAAAAGAAGAGAUGGUAUGUCCCCCCAGACCAAGUCAAGGGGCCCACUUACACCAAAGGCAGCACCUCCACCCCCGUCCAGGGCUCCAUCCCAGAAGGCAAGCCCCCCCGGACACUUUUGGGGGAUCCUGUGCCGUCUCUCUCAGCUGCUGCCUCCAGCUCCAGCCAGCCUGUCAGCCAGCCUCGGACGUCCCAGCCCCGGAGCUCUCAACCUCCUCCCCCUUCCUCGGUCAAGAAAGCCAGUACUGAUCUGCUGGCUGACAUCGGCGGAGACCCCUUUGCUGCUCCCCAGCUGGCACCAGCUUUUGCUGCAUUCCCAGCCUUUGGGGGCCAAACGCCUUCCCAUGGGAGCUUUGCCAACUUUGAUGCCUUCAGUAGUGGCCCCGGCUCUUCUGCAUUUGGAAGCAUUCCUCCAGCUGGCCAAGCCCCAUUCCAGGCCCAGCCGGCGCCCCCAGCCAGUCGGAUGCUAACUGGAAGUCACAGCUUUGGGAGCAGCCAGGGGACUCCAUUUGGUGCCUCUCCUCUUGCACCUGCUAGUCAGCCCAACAGCCUCGCAGAUGUGGGCAGCCUCCUGGGGCCUGGGGCAUCAGCUGGAGGCAUCCCCAGCAGCAUCUUCGGGAUGGCCGGCCAGGUCCCCACGCUCCAGUCAGCCACCACUGGUGGAGGCAGCAGCCCAGGGCUAGCUUUUGGAGCCUUCAACCCUUUCACCACACCUGCUGCUCACGCCCAGCUGCCUUCCACCAACCCUUUCCAGCCCAAUGGCUUGGCCACAGGGCCGGGCUUUGGGAUGAGCGGUGCUGGGCCAGGCUUCCCCCAGACAGUGCCACCCACCGGGGCUUUUGCCAGCCCCUUCCCACCACCGCUCUUCCCCGCACAGACCUCGAUGACUCAGCAGCAGAAUGGCUAUUCCUUCGGAGACUUGGGAUCCACCAAGCUGGGGCAGGGGCCACUGAGUCAGCCAGCUGGCAUCUCCACCAACCCCUUCGUGACUGGAUCCUCAUCAAGCCCAUUUGCCGCCAAACCUCCGACCACCAACCCAUUCUUGUAGCACUGUGUCCUGGGGGGCCUGCUCUCCGGGGCCCCUCUACUCCCUGGAGCUCUGAGGACCACUUGCCUGUGGCAUUUCUGCGGGUCUGAGACCAGAUGGGUCUUGUUUUGCAGGGUAGGGGGCUGAGGGUGGCGGAGCCGCUAAUGCUUUGCUUGGGGCUUGCAGAUAAAAGGACAGCUUCCCAGGUCAGCUGCCCCCCAGGUCUCCUUCCUUUCCUUCUCCAGCCCCCACCCAGGCAGGGGGGUGCCCGGGAGGCAAGAUGACAGAGCCAGGCCUAGAGGAGCUGUGGUGUUUUAUUUUUCAAAUUAUUAACGAUGAUGACAGUAGUCCUCCCCUCCUGCCCUUAGCGCUCCCUUCACUCUGAACCCUGUCAGGGGAGGAAGCCGUGGGCAUAGGCUGACCAGUUCUCCCCGUGGGAACAACUCCCCAGUGCCCAGCUUGCUGAUUCUGUUCUCCUCGUGGUCGGAAGCACUGUGGGGAAAGCAGGGCAAAGGUGGGGGGUGAGGCGCAGAAUGGUGAUCAGACAGGCUGAGGAGGCCCUGGGGGGCCAGAGUGCCCUGGCUCGGGCCAGCAGCCCUUUCUCCAUGUUCUCGCUUCCCCAGCUUGCUGCCACAUCCUGGGCACUUAGGAUGAAUCAUUUCACCUACAGACUUACACAUGCCCAACUGCCGUCAAGCACUUUAGUUAGCUGUGGUGUCAUGUUUGGAUACCAGUGUUUUAUAUUUAUACAUAGAGAGAAUUUUCUAAUAUAGCCUAUUAUAUAUCUAUCUAUAUAUGCACACACACAUAUCCACACGCAGCCAUUCUCCCCUCCCAGACAGCUCUUCCACGCGAGAAUGGGAUGAACCCCUAUCGGGGCCUCGACUGCAAAGCCGGCGCUCCAGGGGGUGCGGGAGGGAGCCACAUGUCCCAACCACCCCAGGGCCUGAGCUUUUUCAGGAAAAGGCUUUGUGCAAUUGGCUGGGGUUUUUUUUUUUUUCUUUCCUUUUUUUUCCCCAUGUGCCUCCCUCCCCCUUCCCUGCCCCCCAAAUCUCUGCACCAAAGCUGUUGCGGGCAAUGUUGGGAAAGAACUGCAUUAAAAAAAAAAAUGGC